AUGGACAGGUCCUAUUCAAACAGCAGUAGCAUCAGUCAUCACAACCACCCCAACCAUGACGCCCAGUCCAUUCGGUCCCACAGGUCGUCAAACUCAGGGACGGUUAGUGAGGUUGGUCGCACAGAGGCCAUGUCAUUAGCACGACCACGAACAGACCAGGAGAUCGAGGAUCGAUUCUUAGACUUUAUGAAUAAUAUGGGUAUGCAUGAACCAGUGCAACGCAAGGCAAUGCUGAAUCUGAGCGUGGACAAUAAAUGGAAACUGAUCUUUCAGCAUGAAUCUCAAGAGCAGUCCAAGGCUAAAAAGAGGGAAGGGGGAUAUAUCGACAAGUCAUCUCCAGAGUAUUUCAUCCGCAAGCUACAGGCAGAUGGAGAUCUCAGGAACACCGACCCAAAGUUUCUGCUUGCGCUCAAUGUGUCUCUAAAGUCGCAGCCCAUCUCAUGGGUACGGUCCUUUAUCCAAAGCAGUGGACAGCAGGUCCUAUGCAGCACACUCGCAGUACUCAACCGCCGUCCAUCAAGACGCGAUGCUGACCUUGCAAUGGAGCUCGAAAUUGUCAAAUGCUUAAAGACUCUGCUGAACAACCGUUGGGGCGCGCAGGAAGCCAUCCGAUACUCGCCAUGUAUCACAUCUCUCUGUUUCUCAAUAACAUCGCCUCAUCUCCAGACUAGAAAACUGGUCGUGGAGGUGCUGACGUUUCUGUGCUAUUGUGAGGUGCCUAUGGGUCACAAGUUGGUCCUGAACGGUCUUGAUCAGGUCAUGGAAUACUGGAAAGAAAGCGCACGGUUCGAUGCCUGGAUGCGAAUUCUCGAAAACACAAUCGAUGGACGCGGUCGCUUCGGUACUAUGGUUGGAAUGAGCGAAGACUUGAAAAAGACUGGAACGCAGGAUAAUCACCUUAUUGAAUAUGUGCUAUCAAAUGUCGUCUUCAUCAAUGCACUGCUCCAAGUUAUUGACGAAAUUGAAUAUCGCAUGCAUCUCAGAAGCCAGUUGACAACAAGUGGGCUAACACGCAUUGUGUCUAAAAUGAGGUGCCUCAAUCAUGAUCUUAUUGACCGGCAACUCAAUAUUUAUGAAGAUGAAGCAGAGAAUGAUCACGAGGAUAUGGUAGAAUUUUAUAAUCAACAGAUUCUACAGGACAUGUCCGACCCCUAUGAUGUGUUCCAUGCGCUUCUUCGUUCUGUAGAGAGUAGCAGAGCGUACGACUUUUUUCUGUCACUGCUACAGCAUAUGCUUUUGAUCCGUGAAGAAGGCGACCUCAGGACUCGAUAUUUCCAGCUGAUGGACGCGAUCGUCACCCAAGUCGUGCUGGAUAGACGCGGGAUUACUGAUAAUUUCGAUCAGAAGCUUGGUAUCUCUGUAAAUCAACUCAUGGGUAAAUUAGUGGAUCAGGAUCGCCUGAACCAUGCUCUUGAGGAUGCGAAGCAGGCGAGACGGGAGCUAGAGAUCACAACACGUCAGAAAAAUGAACUGGAGCUGGAAGUUGGUCAAAAGGAUGAUGGUAUGGUAUCUCAAUUGAAAGCCAACGUCCAUUCGCUUCAGGACCUUCUUCGGCUCUCUCGACACACCAUCCAAACUCUACAGGUCAAACUUAAUGACAUUGAAAUUCAGACUCAGAAAAAGCUGGCUAUACAGGAUGCACAGCUCAAGCAUCUGUUAAGGUCCCUGCAGGAUUCCAACACUUUAAUGGCAGAGGCUGGAAUGUCCUCAGGAGGAUUGAUUAGUACAGGAAGCAAAGGCCUUGAUGACUUCCCGAUGAUUGACAAGGACAAACUACGUCGACUUAUUGAGCAGACAAAGUUGGAAGGUUCGAUCCUACAGCAAAGAUAUGGUAAUCAUCUACCCCAGUCGAUGGCACCGCCAGAUCCUGAACUCAACAAAGAACUCGAACAGAUGAAUGGGUUCCAAUACCCUGGUCAAGCGAAUCUAACGCCCGAGCUCUUGGCCAGUAUCAAUGCAAGCAAAGCUGGCGGCAGAGGCGGGAAAUUCAAGCAUGGUAAAGGCACAGAAAAGGGAUCCGGAGGCGAAGGAUCUGUUCCAGCAGCUGGAUCCAGUAUUGCAACCACCGGUGGCCCACUGCCGCCACCACCUCCUCCAUCUGUCGCAGGAGGGAUUGCGCUGCCGCCGGGGCCACCAUCAGUGCCCGGUGGAGGGGGACUGGGCAGUCUGCUCAGCGGUAUGAUGUCCAAGGGAGGUGGGGCCAAGAGCAACGAAGGCGAUUCGGACUCGGAAGCUCCAUCAAGAGGUAUGGCCGCCAUGCUUGCAGCAAAGAAAAAGAAAUUGGGGUCAUCGGAUCCUGCAUCACCCAAGGUAGGAGGUUCAAAACCACCUUCAGCGCCUGCACCACCAAAGACUGGAGGUUCUCCUCCGCCCCCACCCCCACCAGGUGGAGCCGGCGGUCCACCACCACCGCCGCCUCCUCCACCACCAGGAAAGGGAGGUCCGCCACCGCCGCCGGGCGCUUCAGGACCUCCACUAUCCGGUAUGAUGACAACAAACAUGAAGAAGGAAGCAGCGACGGCGGCCAUCAAGCUGAAGGCAUUCCAAUGGGACAAGUUGAAUUACAUGGCUGUUGGAAAUACGGUUUGGGGCUCUGGAGGAGUGGACGAGAGUGCGCUGCAGAAGGCUUUGGGCGAGAAUGGGGUCUUUGGAAGCAUGGAGCAGUUCUUUGUGGCCAAAGUCACUGAAUAUCGAGAACCUCGUGCAUCCAAGAAGCCGCAAGAAAUCUGCAUCCUGGACCAGCGUCGUGCCUAUCAGAUCAACAUUAUGUUGGGAGGAAUGAAGCACACAUAUCCCGAGAUCCGACGGGCUAUCCUCCGCAUGGACGAAGAUUUCAUGACCCUUGUACAACUGAGCAAUUUGCUCAAAUUUGUUCCUGAUACUGAAGAGACUGGCAGGCUGCUGGAGUUUAAGGACGCAUCUGAAGAAGUCAAGCUGACAUUGGGCAGACCAGAGGCAUUCUUUGUUGAAAUGUUGAAAGUCGAACGAUACCAACAGCGAUUGGAGGGUCUCAAGUUCAAGGCGACCUUUAAAACACUGCUCGAGGGAAUCAAUGAGGCUGUUUCAGCUAUCACCGCAGCCUCGAAGAGUCUAAAGAAUGCUACGCACUUUAGGGAGCUUCUGAACUUGAUUCUGAUGCUCGGAAACUACAUGAAUGGCGGCGGUCAUAACGGAGGCGCCUUUGGUUUUAAGAUCGCUAGCAUUAACAAGCUGGUGGACACGAAAGCCUCGAAUGCUCCCAAUAUGACAUUGCUUCAUUUCUUGACCAACAUCACCGAGAAAACGCUGCCCGAUGUCUUGAACUACCAGCAGGAACUUGAGCCCUGUAGAGACGCCUGCCGAGUGUCAUUGCCCGAGCUACAGACUGAUUUCAAUCAGCUGAAAGCAAAGAUAACAGAGAUCAAGGCUGAGCUGAGCACGCAUUACUUCAACGGCUACAAGUCCUGUCCUGAGGAUCGGUUUUCCGAGGUUAUGCAACCGUUUAUGGAGGCGGCCGAGGUUGCAUUCAAGAAGGCUGAGACCGACAUGCAAAACAUGGAGGAGUUGUACAAGGACUGCGUCAAGUUCUAUGGUGAGGAUGCAACGGUCAUAAAGCCCGACGAAUUCUUUGGCAUCUUUAAGACGUUCAGUGCCUCGUUUGAGAAGGCCAAGGAGGACAACCAUAAGCAGCAGGAGAGGGAAGAACAGCGGGAGAAGGCCAAGACGGCGGCCAAGGCUCGGCAGGAGCAGAUUGUUGUCAAAAAGAACAGAAUCAAGGUCCAAAGCGAAGGCUCAAACGAUGCAGAAGGAGUAGGUGAUAAUAAGGGCAUGAUGGACAGUCUACUAGAGACGCUCCGGAAUGGAGGCGACAACGAAGCAUUGAGGCGGGAUAGGCGACGCAAGAACCGAGUGGAGCAUAUCUCAUCGGGCGUGGCGGUCAAAGCUCAGGACCUCCUAACGUCGCUCAGGGAAGACAGCCCGCCGAUUGUACUACUGCACGAGUAG